AUGGCUUCCAAGGCGGUGAGGAAGAUGAUCUACCACCAGAAACUGCGCAACCACCUCAAAGACAACACGCAAAUCCUCGUCGUCGGCGCUGAUAAUCUCAGUGCUAACCAGAUUCAGAUCAUAAGGAAAGGAUUAAGAAGCGACGCAACCGUUAUGAUAGGUAAAAAUACCUUGACGAGUCGCUCAAUCGCUAUGCAUGCUCCGGCGACCGGAAACACCGCUUUUCUGGGUCUGAUUCCUCAUAUUGUGGGGAAAGUUGGAUUGGUUUUUACCAGAGGUGAUCCGGAGGAAGUUAGUGAAACUGUUGCAGGAUAUAAUCUGCAGCCGUGGUUGUGUUCAUCGAUGGAUAUUGGAAUUUGUUCUAUGUGGCAAUGGCUGCUGAGUACUCAUUUACAUUUACUGAGCAAAUCGAGUGAAGUUUCAGAAUAA